CGGCGGCAGCAGCCUGUGCCCUCCGCCGGCGCUUCUUCCGUGUUUUCGCGGCUCGGGGGUGUUGGAGCCGCUUGGCAGCGCCCCCUUCCCUCUUGUCCGAGGGGCAGAGGCGCGUUUGCGCCGUUGGGGAACCGUUUGGAAUCCGGCCUCCGGCGCGGACGGUAAAACCGUUUGGUUUGGGGCAGGCGGUCGGCGCCCUGGCUUUUCGGGGCGGGCGGGGAGCGCUGUGUAAAGGGAAUUGAGGAGAGGACCUGAGGGAGGUGGGAGCUGUCGACGCCCCUGCCGCUCCCCACUCAGGACGCGCGGGCCGGGAAGCUGGGCGUCGGGGUUUCCUCAGCUCCAGCCGAUCUUUCUGCACAGCCUCAUGGAGCCGGAGAGGGCGAGGACCGGGGGGCUCCCCAAGAAGGGCAGGAAGAGGAGGCGGGCCCCCAACAAGCUGGUCGGGGCGGCCGAGGCGAUGAGAGCCGGCUGGGAACUUGAGGAGAGGCGGCCCGGGGCCAAGAAAGCACGCUUAUCUACUAUUUUAUUUGCUGAAAACUAUGAAGUAACUCAUGGCCAGCUAUGUGAAUUGUUGAAGUAUGCAGUUCUGGGCAAAUCCAGUGUUCCUAAACCCAGCUGGUGCCAGCUUUUUCACCAAAACCAACUGAACAACGUGGUGAUUUUUGUACUGCAGGGAAUGAGUCAGCUACACUUUUAUAGGUUCUAUUUGGAGUUCGGAUUUCUCCGAAAGGCAUUCAGACACAAAUUCCGCUUGCCUCCUCCGUCAUCUGACUUUCUAGCUGAUAUCACUGGGCUGCAAAAGAAACAAACAACUGGUGCUCCGUCCAAGACGAUGGAAGGAUCUUUACCUUCUGCCAGUUCAAAAGUCAGCGUCAACCUGCAGAAUGACCCCAUCAUUCAAAAGUAUGGCUCUAAGAAAGUGGGCUUGACCAGAUGCCUUCUCACAAAGGAGGAAAUGAAAACAUUUCACUUUCCAUUACAAGGUUUUCCUGACUGUGAGAACUUCGUACCUACCAAGUGUAAUGGUUCUAUAACAGACAGUAGUCCUCUCUUUGGACUUGACUGUGAAAUGUGCCUCACAUCCAAGGGGAGAGAACUAACACGCAUCUCACUGGUUGCUGAAGGAGGCUGCUGUGUUAUGGAUGAACUCGUUAAACCUGACAACAAGAUUCUGGAUUACCUCACCAGCUUCUCAGGAAUCACGAAGAAGAUUCUUAACCCAGUGGCAACCAAACUCAAAGAUGUACAGAGACAGUUAAAAGCACUGCUUCCUCCCGAUGCUGUGUUAGUGGGCCACUCCUUAGACUUUGAUCUGAAAGCCCUGAAAAUGAUACAUCCAUAUGUUAUUGAUACAUCAUUGCUUUAUGUCAGAGAGCAGGGCAGAAGAUUUAAGCUAAAGUUCUUAGCCAAAGCUAUUUUGGGGAAGGAUAUACAGUGUCCAGACAGGCUUGGUCAUGAUGCCACAGAAGAUGCUAGAACAACCCUUGAAUUGGCUCGAUAUUUCCUUAAGUAUGGGCCAAAGAAGAUUGCAGAACUAAAUUUGGAGGCACUAGCCAGUCACCAAGAACUGCAAACAGCAGUCCAGGAGCCAAGAAAUACAACAGAAGUAGUUCAGCAGCUAAACACAAGUGUUUUAGAAUGCUUGGACUCAAUGGGUCAGAAGCUCCUUUUCUUGACCCGGGAGACGGAUGCUAGUGAGCUUUCUUCUUCCAGAAACUGUCAGACUAUUAAGUGCCUUUCAAAUAAAGAGGUUCUUGAGCAGGCCAGAAUGGAAAUCCCCUUGUUUCCCUUUAGCAUCAUCCAGUUCUCUUUUGAAACCUUUUCACCCAGCCUCACUGAAGAAAUGAACAAAAGGCCACAUCUCUGUAUACAAUACGAAGUCCUGGAAGCUGCCCAGCUGGCCAUAGAGUCCUUGGAUGGCAUCCUGGUAGAUGGUAUCUGCAUCAAGGUGCAGAGGCCUGUGACAGAGCUCACCCUUGAUUGUAACACCCUCGUGAAUGAGCUGGAACAAGAUUCCGAGAACCGAGGUACUAUAUACCUGUCUGGAGUGAGUGAAGCCUUCAAAGAACAGCUGUUGCAGCAGUCCAACGUCUUCUUUGGCCUAGAAGCUGUGAUCUUGCCUAAAGAUCUUAAAAGUGGAAAGCAGAAAAAAUACUCUUUCCUGAAAUUCAAAACUUUUGGCAGUGCCCACAGGGCCCUCAACAUUCUCAAAGGCAAGGACUGGAAGCUGAAAGGCAGGCAUGCCCUAACCCCCAGGCACCUUCACACAUGGCUCAGGGGCUUACCUCCUGAAUCAAGAAGGCCUCUGGGGCUUCGUGUCAUACCGCCCCCCUCGGAGCAGCAGGCCUUGCAGACUCUGAAGGUGGAUCACCCGAAGAUAGCAGCCUGGCGCUGGGGCCGGAAGAUAGGAAAUCUCUACUACAGCCUGUGCCCAGGCACCCUCUGCCUCAUCCUGUUACCAGGAACCAAGAGCACUCAUGGAUCACACUCUGGCCUAGGACUGAUGGGAAUAAAAGACGAAGAGGAAAGCACCACCCUAAAUAUGUGUUCGUGAGUCUGCCGACCACUUUGCACGUGCCGUUUCUUAUCCGUUGUGAGCAGUGGCAGAGAAUGUGGUCAGGAUGCGGCCUCUCCAGAGCCUGCCAGGCCUCUCUGUCUAGCAGACACCUUUUGUGGAAAUGGUGUACCGGCUAAGGCGUCUAGUUCAUUUAUAUGGCAUGUACAAAUUUUCAAUAAAUGCCUAAAAAUUUAA